GCUGCUUUGGUCUAUAUUUCAUGUCGGCUUGUUCAGUUUCCACACAAAAAUAAAGCUGUCUUGCUUUUGUUUGCCUUCUGUUCUCUCUCUCUCUCUACUUUGAUCUUGGCUGCAUCACCUUGCUAUGCCACCUCAAUCCCCAGAAAAAACAGUACCUACCCAUUUCAUUCUUUUCUAUUUCGGUUACUUUUUCUCUCUUUUCCCGUGUCCACGCUUGUGAAUAUGGUCAUGCUGGCUGCAAGAUUUUGGCUUCUUGGAUGUCAUCAGCUUCCCUUACUUUCCAUUAUUUGUUGAUCAGCGGAAAGUUUUGGUUUUGAUUCGUGUUCCUUUUGUGGGAUUUGCUUCUUUUUGUUUGAGAUUUGGCACUGGCAUGACAUUUGUGUUGUGUGGCUUGAAUCCUCGGUUCCUAAGCUUCUAGCUGUUGAAUUUGGAGUAGUUGUGUUGCGUGGAGGUUCGAGUUAGCAAUUUGUUGCAUUGGAGGGAAAAAGUUCAGCUUUUUGUUGAUACUAAUAGCCAAUAUUAGUGGAGAAUUAAUUGUAGGCACUGUUCGGUAUUCUUCAACUUUGUGUUCGUUUCUGGGGGGUGUGCUGUUAGGAUUGUCCUGUUGUGAAAGGCUCCUGAAACAAGGUCAAAUCUUCUUGGUGGAAAAGGCCAUGUGGUGAAUUUGUUUGAGGUUCAUCAUUUUUUAUCGGUAGUAAUGAAGGCUCCAUCUAAUGGCUACUUGCCAAAUUCAGGCGAAGGGGAAAGGAAGACAAUCAAUUCAGAGCUAUGGCAUGCUUGUGCUGGACCCUUGGUUUCUUUGCCUCCUGUUGGAAGUCUUGUGGUUUAUUUCCCACAAGGACAUAGUGAGCAAGUUGCAGCGUCCAUGCAAAAGGAGACUGAUUUCAUACCCAGCUAUCCUAACCUUCCAUCCAAGUUGAUUUGCAUGCUUCACAAUGUUGCCCUGCAUGCUGAUCCUGAAACUGACGAAGUCUAUGCCCAGAUGACCCUUCAACCUGUAAACAAAUAUGAAAAAGAAGCAAUACUGGCAUCAGACAUGGGUCUCAAACAAAGCCGUCAACCUACUGAAUUCUUUUGCAAAACUCUUACAGCUAGUGACACAAGUACUCAUGGUGGAUUUUCUGUGCCUCGUAGAGCAGCUGAGAAAAUAUUCCCUCCUUUGGAUUAUUCAAUGCAACCUCCUGCUCAGGAACUUGUCGCCAAAGAUUUGCAUGACAACACAUGGGCAUUUAGACAUAUCUAUAGGGGACAACCAAAGAGGCAUCUAUUGACUACUGGUUGGAGUGUAUUUGUCAGCACAAAAAGACUGUUUGCUGGAGAUUCUGUUCUUUUUAUCAGAGAUGAGAAACAACAACUUCUUUUAGGUAUAAGGCGUGCUAAUCGACAGCAGCCAGCACUCUCUUCAUCAGUAAUAUCCAGUGACAGCAUGCAUAUUGGCAUUCUUGCUGCUGCAGCUCAUGCUGCUGCAAAUAACAGUCCAUUUACUAUAUUUUACAACCCAAGGGCCAGCCCCUCUGAAUUUGUUAUUCCAUUGGCCAAGUAUAACAAAGCCAUGUACACUCAAGUUUCUCUUGGAAUGAGAUUUAGAAUGAUGUUUGAAACAGAGGAGUCUGGAGUACGCAGAUAUAUGGGUACAAUCACUGGGAUCAGUGACUUGGAUCCUGUCCGAUGGAAAAAUUCUCAGUGGCGCAAUCUUCAGGUUGGAUGGGAUGAAUCAACAGCUGGCGAGCGCCCCAGCAGAGUUUCAAUUUGGGAAAUUGAACCAGUUGUGACGCCUUUCUACAUUUGUCCACCUCCAUUUUUUAGGCCCAAGUUCCCCAGGCAACCAGGAAUGCCAGAUGAUGAGUCAGAUAUAGAAAAUGCUUUCAAGAGGGCUAUGCCAUGGCUUGGAGAUGACUUUGGCAUGAAGGAUGCCUCAAGUUCACUCUUUCCUGGUUUGAGUUUAGUGCAGUGGAUGAGCAUGCAGCAGAACAAUCAGCUCUCUGCUGCUCCAUCAGGAUGUUUCCCAUCCAUGCUUCCAUCUAAUACUCUUCAUGCUAACCUUACCCCUGAUGACCCAUCCAAGCUAUUGAGCUUUCAAACUCCUGUCCUCUCUGCACCAAAUCUUCAAUUUAACAAACCUAAUUUACCAAAUCAAAUCAACCAAUUGCAGCAGUCCCCAGUAUCAUGGCCUCAGCAGCAGCAACAGUUGCAACAACAGCAACAGCAACAACAGUUACAGCAGCAGCAACAGCAACAACAACAGCAGCAGCAGCAGUUACAGCAGCAACAACAGCAGGUGCAGCACCAGCAACAACAGCAGCUACAGUCAUUGUUGCAAAUACCAAUGAACCAGCUCCAGCAGCAGAGGCAACAACAGCUGCCUGAACCACAAAACCUGCCAUUGCUGCAUCAACUGCCUCAGCAGCCUCAGAAACAGCAACAGUCAAGUCAACAUGCCACCAUCAUGAAUAAUGGGGUAGUUGCUUCUAACCAGAUUUCAAAUCAGUUUGUACAACCACAAGGAGCCUAUACUCAGCUUCAGCAACAACAAUCACUCCCAGGAGGAAUCCCACCCCAGCAAAGUAUCCAGUCGGCUAACAAGAAUACAUUCCCAUUGACAUCCUUACCACAAGAUUCACAAUUUCAGCAACAGAUAGACCAGCAAGCUAGUCUCUUACAAAGGCAGCAACAACAGACACACUUGCAACAAUCUCCACUGCAGUUAUUGCAACAAAACCUGCCACAAAGGGCACCACAACUGCCACCGGUGACUCAAAUGUUACAGCAAAACCCCUCGGAGCAACACCACCUACAGUUGCUACAGACAUUGCAGCAGCAGCAACAACAGCAACAUCUUUCCACAUCUAGCCCACUUUUGCAGUCUCAGCUUCUACAGCAACAAAACACCCACCAACAAAGCCAGCAAUUGCCGCCCCUGCCUGUAUCUCAGCAUAUUCCUCAACAGUUUGGCAAUCACCCAUUGUCAGCAGAGAAGCUUCUCAACAGCAACUUCUCCUCUUCAACUCUCAUGCAAUCACAACAUCUUCCUGUAAACCAACCCCAAAACACACAAAAAUCACUUACAAUUACUAGAGCUCCCUCUACACUUACAGAUGGAGAUGCUCCAUCAUGCUCAACCUCUCCAUCUACUAAUAACUGCCAGAUAUCUCCCCCAAACCUCCUGAAAAGAAAUCAGCAACUACCAGCCACAUUAGGGGGGAGUUUGGUAGUUGAGCCCACUAGUAAUCUGAUACAAGAGCUUCAGAGUAAGCCUGAUGUCCAGAUUAAACAUGAGUUACCCAAUAUAAAAGGACCAGAUCAGUUGAAAUAUAAAGGGGCAAUUACUGAUCAACUGGAAGCUUCUUCUUCGGGAACAUCUUAUUGUCUUGAUCCUGGUAAUGUCCAGCAGAACUUACCACUUUCCAACUUCUGCAUGGAAGGGGAUGUCCAAUCACACCCUAGAAACAGUCUACCAUUUGACUCUAAUCUUGAUGGUCUAACACCUGAUACUAUGCUUUUAAGGGGAUAUGACUCUCCGAAAGAUCUUCAAAAUUUGUUGUCUAACUAUGGUGGUGCUCCAAGAGACAUUGAAACUGAGCUGUCAACUGCUGACAUCAGCUCACAGUCGUUUGGAGUGCCAAACAUGCCUUUUAAGCCUGGUUGCUCAAGUGAUGCUGGCAUAAAUGAUACUGGUGUUUUGAAUAAUAGCAGCUUGCGAGCUAACCAAACUCAGCGAAUGCGAACAUAUACCAAGGUUCAAAAGCGUGGCUCUGUCGGAAGAUGCAUUGAUGUCACUCGUUACAAGGGCUAUGAUGAACUACGGCAUGAUUUAGCUCGAAUGUUUGGGAUUGAAGGGCAACUAGAAGAUCCUCAAAGGACUGACUGGAAAUUAGUAUAUGUAGAUCAUGAAAAUGACAUUCUUCUUGUUGGUGAUGACCCUUGGGAUGAAUUUGUAACGUGUGUCCAGAGCAUAAAAAUAUUGUCAUCUGCUGAAGUGCAGCAGAUGAGUUUGGAUGGGGAUUUAGGUGGUGGUACUGUUCCAAUCCCCAAUCAAGCUUGCAGCGGUGACAGUGGCAAUGCAUGGAGGGGCCAGUAUGAUGAUAACUCUGCAGCCUCAUUUAACAGGUAAGGAUGUCAACUACUGACACUUGGAUGGAGAACCAACUUGACCUUACAAAACUUCUGGUUGGUGCUUCUCCUCUAUAUAUCUCAAAUGGAAAAGAGACAUAUUCAUUACAAAUGAUGCAGUUGAUGGGUAUUGUAGAAUAGGACAUAAUUGCAUCCUAGUUCUUUCACCACACCACUUUUACUGGUCAGAAGUUUAGAAGACCCUUAAAUGCACCAAGGCCAGAUUCCUUUACUAUCAAUGUUUAUAUAUCCUACCUUGGAAUCACCUUUCUUGUGGAGGUUGGAUUAGGAUUUUUUUUUCCAUUUUUUGCAAGGUACAGCAGUAUAGGUCAGCCUAGUGUAUAAUAUGAAAGUUCUUAUAUAAAGAUUAAAUUUUGCUUCGCUCGUGUAAAUCUUGUGAUGGUUAAAGUUAUAGGGAAGUGCGGUGUCUUAAGUGAUGACAGACUAUUAUGAAUGAUGCAAUUCUAGCUCUUUGUAAAGUGCCUACGUUUUUUCCAAUGGCAAUUAUGGAUGAAAAGCUCAGUUUCUUUU